GGCAGAAGGACACAGUACAGGGGGAGUCAGGAGGGCACAGUACAGGGGGAGUCAGGAGGGCACAGUAUCAGGGGGAGUACAGGGGGAGUCAGGAGGGCACAAUACUGGGAUCAGGAGGGCAAAAUACUGGGAUCAGGAGGGCACAGUACAGGGGGAGUCAGGAGGGCACAAUACUGGGAUCAGGAGGGCACAGUACAGAGGAAGGCUGGAGAUCACAAUACUGGGAUCAGGAGGGCACAAUACUGGGAUCAGGAGGGCACAAUACAGGGGGAGUCAGGAGGGCACAAUACUGGGAUCAGGAGGGCACGGUACAGGGGGAGUCAG